AUGCUCGUGCCUGGGCCCUGGAGCCGCAGGCAAGAGUGUGUGGGAGGGGGCUAUGAGCCACCUGGAGGGCCCAAGCUCCUGCAGGCUGUAGCCCAGCCUGACUGGGAGGGGCUGCUCCUCCUGCCAGGCACAAGGGGGGCCUGGUCCUCGCUAGGGGAUCUCUACUCCCUCUCCCCAAUCAUGCUCAGGCCCCCAUCCCUGCUCAAGCCCCCUCUCUCUGGCAAGGAGGGCUGUAGCACUCUGCUAGGACGCCUGUCCUGCCUACUUCGGCGGGUCCUGGGGGGAGCCCAGGGCCCGGACCGGCCGCCCACGGCCCCCCGCGGCCUGAGCCGAAAGGCGCCGCGCUCGGGUACUGGGGCUGCAGGCGGCGGGGGCGCAGCGCGGCAGCGGAGAGCGAGGCCAUCCCACCGCCUGGGACCUGGGGCAGAAAUGUCGGAGCCCAGGAAGAGGGGCCGCGGCCGUGGCAAGAAGCAGCGAGAGGGGAGGAAGCGGGAACGGGAGCGGGAGCCCGAUCCCGGGGAGAAAGGCACCAAGGGCGUGCGUGUCUGCGUGCGAGCGGGUCGGCGCGGCUGGGUGGGCAAGGGACUGCACGCCCGGAGUCCCGCGGUGGCAGCGCGCGACUCUUCCCCGGGCGACGCGUCCCCACGGAGGGGCGGGCGCGAGCGCUGCCCGCGGGUACCGGGCGCAGGCGAGCGGCACUGGGAGAGCGCAGCCCGCCGCGGGGGCACCGACAGAGACCGCGGACUCGUAGACGGGAGGCCUGGCCUGCAGCGCAGCGCUCAGGGAGCUGUCACUGCCUCCUCUUCUUCCAAGGGACCCGAGCCCGUGCGCUCUCAGGUUGCCCCCACCCCGUGCCACACCUCCCUCCGGGAUGCCCUGUCCGGCUCGCGAACCCCUGGGAGUGAGAUGCCGCUGCUUCUGCGACACAUAUUUCACUCGGAAGUGGACCAGACACGAGGCAGUUGUCCCCCUCUGGUCUUCGUUGUGGGGGCCUUUGUAUUCUGCUCCUAUAUGGCCACCCGGCCCAAGCUGAAGAAGAUGAAGAGCCAGACGGGACAGGUGGGUGAGAAGCAAUCCUUGAAGUGCGAGGCAGCAGCAGGGAACCCCCAGCCCUCCUACCGUUGGUUCAAGGAUGGCAAGGAGCUCAACCGCAGCCGCGACAUUCGCGUCAAGUAUGGCAAUGGCAGAAAGAACUCACGGCUACAGUUCAACAAGGUGAAGGUAGAAGAUGCUGGGGAGUAUGUGUGCGAGGCCGAGAACGUCCUGGGGAAGGACACUGUCCGGGCUCGCCUACAUGUCAACAGCGUGAGCACCACCCUGUCCUCCUGGUCGGGGCACGCCCGGAAGUGCAACGAGACAGCCAAGUCCUAUUGUGUCAAUGGAGGCGUGUGCUACUACAUCGAGGGCAUCAACCAGCUCUCCUGCAAAUGUCCAAACGGAUUCUUCGGACAGAGAUGUUUGGAGAAACUGCCUUUGCGAUUGUACAUGCCAGAUCCUAAGCAAAAAGCAGAGGAGCUGUACCAAAAGAGGGUCCUGACCAUCACUGGCAUCUGCGUGGCUCUGCUGGUUGUGGGCAUCGUCUGUGUGGUUGCUUACUGCAAGACCAAGAAACAGCGGAAACAGAUGCACAACCACCUCCGGCAGAACAUGUGCCCAGCCCACCAGAACCGGAGCUUAGCCAAUGGGCCCAGCCACCCCCGGCUGGACCCUGAAGAAAUCCAGAUGGCAGAUUACAUCUCCAAGAAUGUGCCAGCCACAGACCAUGUCAUCCGGAGGGAAACUGAGACCACCUUCUCUGGAAGCCACUCCUGUUCUCCUUCUCACCACUGUUCCACAGCCACACCCUCCAGCCACAGACAUGAGAGCCACACAUGGAGCCUGGAACGUUCUGAGAGCCUGACCUCCGACUCCCAGUCGGGCAUCAUGCUGUCAUCAGUGGGCACCAGCAAGUGCAACAGCCCAGCAUGUGUGGAGGCCCGGGCCCGGCGGGCAGCAGCCUACAGCCUGGAGGAGCAGCGCAGGGCCACCGCACCACCCUACCAUGACUCCAUAGACUCCCUGCGUGACUCCCCACAUAGCGAGAGGUAUGUGUCGGCCUUGACCACGCCCGCGCGCCUCUCUCCCGUGGACUUCCAUUACUCGCUGGCCACGCAGGUGCCGACUUUCGAGAUCACGUCCCCCAACUCGGCUCACGCCGUGUCGCUGCCGCCCGCCGCGCCCAUCAGCUACCGCCUCGCGGAGCAGCAGCCACUUCUGCGGCACCCGGCGCCCCCCGGCCCCGGCCCGGGGCCUGGACCCGGCGCGGACAUGCAACGCAGCUACGACAGCUACUACUACCCCGUGGUGGGGCCAGGGCCGCGGCGCGGGGCCUGCGCGCUCGGAGGCAGCCUGGGCAGCCUGCCCGCCAGUCCCUUCCGCAUCCCGGAGGACGACGAGUAUGAGACCACGCAGGAGUGCGCGCCCCCGCCGCCGCCACGGCCGCGCGCGCGCGGCGCGUCCCGCAGGACGUCGGCGGGGCCCCGGCGCUGGCGCCGCUCGCGCCUCAACGGGCUGGCGGCGCAGCGCGCACGCGCGGCGCGGGACUCGCUGUCGCUGAGCAGCGGCUCGGGCUGCGGCUCGGCGUCUGCCUCGGACGACGACGCGGACGGGGCGCUGGCAGCCGAGAGCACGCCUUUUCUCGGCCUGCGCGCGGCGCACGACGCGCUGCGUUCGGACUCGCCGCCGCUGUGCCCGGCGGCCGACAGCAGGACUUACUACUCCCUGGACAGCCACAGCACGCGGGCCAGCAGCAGACACAGCCGCGGGCCCUCCCCGCGGGCCAAGCAGGACUCCGCGCCCCUCUAG